AUGGCGAACAACAUGAAUAACCUCACGACGCUGAUCAAGCGACUCGAAGCUGCUACCUCGCGCCUUGAAGACAUCGCUAGCACCGCUCUGCCCAACAACGGAGAUGGAGCCGCAAGCCUCAAUGGAGCCUCCGCUGAUGCUACUCCAGGCGUCACAGCGGCAAACACGAGCGCCAACACCCCAAAACUCGUCGCGGAAAGCGCACCGCCCGCAAUUGAAGCUUUCGAUGAGCUGGUCAACUCAGACUUGAAGAACUGGCUAGACCUGAGCGGAAAGCUGGGAAGCGUCAUCGAAGGCCAGUCAAAAGCAGUCGAGGGAGCCUUCGCCGCCCAGCGCCAAUUCCUCUUCAUUGCGAACAAGGCUAAGAAGCCUGACGACCGCACCCUGAUGGAGCUUCUCAAGGAUCUCCAGGCGAGCAUGGAGAAGACAGACGAAUUCCGACAGAGCAACCGAGACCCCGCGCUCAAAGACUCCGUCUCCAUGGUUGCUGAUGGUGUUGGCUCCCUUGGAUGGGUUACAAUUGGCCAGGGCGGAGGUAUGAAGCCUCACGAGCACAUCAACGAGCUGUUUGGUGGAGCUCAGAUGUACGGCAACAAGGUCCUUAAGGAGUACCGCGACAAGCCCGACGGUGACGCCCAUGUCAAGUGGGUUCAGGCUUACUACAAACUGUUCAAAGCUCUCGCCGAGUACGCAAAGAAACACCACGCUACAGGCGUAGCCUGGAACAGCAACGGAAUCGACGCCAAAGACGCCGCAAAGGAGAUCUCCUCUGCACCCCUCUCAGGCGCGUCGAGCGUUCCUCCUCCACCAGCUCCUCCAGCAGGAGGUGUCCCACCACCACCCGGUCCCCCACCACCGCCAGGCCCUCCGCCGCCACCAGGUGCCGCGCCCGUUGCUAAGAAGGCCGCGCCCGAUAUGAAUGCCGUCUUUGGCGAUCUCAACAAGGGCUCAGACGUCACAAAGGGGCUCAAGAAGGUCGACCCAAGCCAAAUGACACAUAAGAACCCGUCGUUGCGAGCGAAUGCCACAGUCCCCACGCGAAGCGAUAGCACCGGCAGCCUAAGGAGUAAGAGUCCUGCGCCGCCCAAGGCUAAGAAGCCAGAGAGUAUGCGGACGAAGAAGCCACCGAAGAAGGAACUGGACGGAAACAAAUGGAUAAUAGACAACUUCGACUCACCAUCCGAGACAAUCGAGAUCGACGCCGAAAUCAACCACUCCAUCCUCAUCUCCCGCUGCAAGAACACAACCAUUCGCAUCAAUGGCAAGGCAAAUGCGCUUUCGCUCGAUAACUCCUCCCGCACAUCGCUCAUCAUCGACUCGCUGGUGAGCUCCGUGGACGUGAUCAAGUGUCCCAACUUUGCGCUACAAGUUCUCGGCACUCUCCCCACCAUCCUGCUCGACCAAGUUGACGGCGCUACCGUAUACCUCUCCAAGGAUUCGCUAGCAACUGAAGUUUUCACAAGCAAGUGCAGUAGCAUAAACAUCAAUCUGCCCACCGAAGACGACUACGCCGAGAACCCGUUGCCUGAGCAGAUCAGGAGCUAUAUCAAGGACGGCAAGCUUGUUAGCGAGAUUGUAGAACAUGCUGGUUAG